GAACGGUCGGUCGGUCGGUUGCGCGAAGAAGGAAUGAGGCGAACUUCCGGUAUGGUGCGUUGCCGUUGAACAAGGACCGCAGGACAUAACUGCCAGAAAACAAAAUGCUGUAGUCAGUUGUCAUAACUGAAAGAGACAUUAAAAAUGGAGUGCACCUCAGUAUUGUUUUUUUAGAUCUUUUAAAUAAAUGUGGUGCAUGGUUAUAUGGCUUAGGGCUUAGUGACGGAAGCGGUCGGGUUGGCUGAUAAGUCGUCGAUCGAUCGGUAUUAGUGCGCGAGCUCUGUGCACCGUUGAACAUGGGGACGAGAUCGAGCCGUUUACACGAGGAGGCUGUUCCCACACCUUUCGAUAAAGAUGACAUCAAGAGAGAGUCCUGUCGACGAAUCCGAAGUACCAGGCCCACCAGCCUAAUGGUGGAGUUCUCUGGUAGCUUCGAUCAUGAUUCAGAGGCAAAAGAGGAGGGCAGCGACUCGGAUACCGGGCAGCAAGCGAGCAGCGAUGUUAGUCCCGCGGACCGCCAUAUGUCGCCGUCUCUGAGCAGCCAAGCCUCGCCGACGGGCGAGAAUGGAGGCGAUGAGAAACGUGAGGAGGACGGUAGUCCGGGAGGGCCUGUCAACGAGGAGGAAAUGGGCCGUGUACCGCAGCGCACUUUCUCGGAGCGUUUACCCGCUGGACGCCAUUCUUCCGGGAGCGGCGUCACUGCGAGGUCCGCACGGGUGAGAGGGACUCAAUCUCGACCGGUGUCCGAGGCGUGGAUCGGCCUCUACAGAGUCAAUAACCGCCAUGGUGCUAUUCGUUGCCCCUUCUGCACCAAGCCGUUCCCUGGUGGGAGGAUUGAGGACCACCUUUUAAGCUGUCUCACAUCUCCACCUCUCCCAUAUAAUACGGAUGUGCUUGCUAAGGACAGUGGAGAGUGCUCUAUCUGUCUUGAAGACCUGCUGCAGGGCGAGACCAUCGCCCGACUGGCCUGCCUGUGCGUCUACCAUAAGAGCUGCAUUGACACUUGGAGCAAAGUGAAGCCGUGCUGCCCUGAGCAUCCCUUUGAUUGAUUCAUGUGUCUAUGUGCAAUGACACUUUGGCUCAGGAGACAAUACCCCCUGCUGGAACAUGUAUUGUAUUAUUAGAGGAUUGGGAAAAAGACACAAAGGAACAGAACAAAUAACAAGAAUCAACACUUGUGGCCAUCUGAAUAAGUCUGGCUCAAGUAGGCCUGGCUUUAACUAUCUGAUUUUACUCUUGAGACUUGGUUUAUCUUUGCUUUAAAGCACCUGUCUGAACCGCAGGUUUGCUCUGCUUGCUUUCCCUCUCUUAAUUCUUGACUAUAAAUCUCAGAUUGAGAUGGAACAGAAUAGACUUCCACAUGAGAAAAAUAAAUGUAAAUGGAGAAAAAAAGUUACACACAAAACAUCGCUUUGUGGACAUUUUGAUGUCUUGGCGUUUGGUGUGGCAUUAUGGGAAAACCGCAGCUGGCGUUGCAUUGGCUUGAAUGAACUACUUCCUGAAUUUGUAGUUUCUCAAGCAGAUCCUGGAUGGAGAAGAAAUUAGUUAUACAUGCGUAAAUAUUUUGCACAGGUUUACAUAUGAGGCAUGAUGUUUUGUACCUUGAAUGAUACUAAAUAUGUUUUGGAGAUGUAUUUUGUUUCCUUUUUUUUUAAAGGCAGAUUGAUAUUUCCUGUAGAUUCAAUGGAUUUAAAAUUCAUGCUGUGAUUUUAUCCACAUAAUUGAGGCAAAGACUAAACUCCCUCUUGUUACUGUGUUAAUUUAUUUUACACCUCUUGGUCUGAAAGAUUUUACCUGGUUGAACUGUACAAUGUUAACAGAGCACUACUUCCAAUAGUAGUUAGAUUAAUGGCUGCAUCAUUGGUUGCUUUGAAGUGUGUUUAAGUGUGUGCUCAUAUAUUUUGACACUGAUGACCUGACUUUGCUCAAGGUGACAUGUACUAGUCUUUGAGGGCAAGUUUGGCUUGAUUUGUGUGCAGGAGAUGAAGGAAGACCGUGAAAUAUACAGAGGACUGAAAUGGGAAUAUGCUUUUCAAAAAUAGUAGAUUAGAGAGUCCUAGUGUAAAGGCCUUCUCUAAUGUGUUAUAUGCAUGUAAAUCAGACCAUCUGUGGUGUGGAGAUGUAUGUCAGGCACAGUAAUGCCAUAUGGCACACGCCUAGCCUGAGGAUGGAGAUUUAGAACAGCUGAUAGUUAAUUAUGACAAUGUCAUCGACCCUGUGGAAUGAAUAAUGAACAGGAAUAAAUAUAGCAGAGAGGCAAUAAUCCUGGGGGCCCUGCACAGAGAUGCUUGUUAUUAUUUUUUUCUUUCAGAUCUUUCAGAUGACAUGUUUAUGGGAUUUGUUUGGUUGUGGAUUGUUUUAUAGUGUUCUUUUUGUCUGUUACCUUUUUGCCUUAGCUUGAGAGUUUUUAUUUUGAGCUUUGAUUUCAAAGAGGUUUUCUGAGGUUUGUCAGUAAAGCACUGAAGAUUGCUUUCCUUACCUCAUCAGAGGGAUGUAGUCUCCCCCGAUUGCUCCUACCUUUUAAAGUAUUGUAAUGUGUUUCCUUUAAGGAGAGUAUAAUGGUUCUUUUCCUUUUAAAUAUAUAUAAAAAAAAAUGCCAAGUGCGUGAGAGUCAAAUGAAAGGAUAUUCUUUACAGUUACAUUUGUUUCGUGUUUAUGGUGUACUACAUUGUGGACCGUGGAGGGAAGUGUUGUCUGAGAGUAUUUUGAAAAUCUGUUAAACUUAAAAUCUGCAAGUUAGCAUUUGCCCUUUCUUUAUCUUUUGGUGCAAUACCUCAAUAUUUCCUUAUUUACUAUACAAAUUUGGGGGUUUGCUAACUCCAAAGGUGGUGUUUUUUUAUUUAUAUAUAUGAUUACAUAUACAGUAUAAAUACCAUAGAAAGUUAUGUUUACUUUACCCUCUUGAUCCUGUGUUUUGACAGUGGUUGGUCAAUUAUGAAUGAGGUGGGAAUGUUCUUUAGGUCAAUAUUAUUUGCAUAUAUUCUCAUCCCCUGGCACAAACAAUCCACCUUCAUUCUGCUAAAGAACAAUUGAGUAUUUAUUUAUUACAGUGUAAAUAUGUAUCACAUUUCAUAAUGGCUUUGUCUUUGUUUGUCCAUGAUGCUGUUUCUAUGCUUAAAUCUUUUGUAUGUCUGAAAAAUUGUUUUUAUAUGUAUUAUUUUUACAAUAAAUAUGCUUAA